AUGCAGAUGCAAGAAGCAUUAGUCCUGGUGCUCAUCUUCCUCCUCCCAGUGACAGAGGUGUCGGCCACCUCAUCGGGGUCGGGAAUCGCCAUAUCACUGCCGGGGUGCCCCCACAAGUGCGGCGACGUGACCAUCCCUUACCCCUUCGGCAUCGGUGAUGGAUGUGCCGCGAGCAGCCUCAACCGCUACUUCACUGUGAUCUGCAAUGACAGCUUCCAACCACCAAGGCCUAUGAUCGAUAACCCUUCAGGAGCCGCAGAGGUCAUUGACAUCUCCCUGGAUCAUGGCGAGAUGCGCCUUUACGGUGAUGUUAGCUACAGCUGCUUCACGUCGAACACCACCAUGUCGGCCAACUUCACCGCCGGGUUCACGUUGGAUGGCACGCCAUUCAUCCCCUCCACCACUCGCAACCGCUUCAUGGUCAUCGGCUGCAACACCCUGGGGAUCAUCGGAGGCUACAUGGGCAGCAACCCUGACCUGUAUGUCGCCGGCUGCUACUCCUACUGCCAAGGCAUCAACAGCGCAUCUGACGGUGCACCAUGCACCGGGACGGGAUGCUGCGAGACCACCAUCUCCCCCAACCUCACAGAAUUCUCAGCGUUAAUCGCAGUUAGCCAGAGCAGCGUGUGGAACUUCAACCCAUGCUUCUAUGCGAUGCUUGCCGAGGUCGGGUGGUACAGCUUCAGGAGGCAGGACCUUGUCGGCAACCUUGGGUUCAUCAACGAAAGAGCUACUAGAGGUGUCCCUCUCGUCAGUGACUGGGCCAUCAGAAACGGCUCCUGUCCAAAAGAUGGGGCAAAAGCGCCUAAAGACUAUGCUUGUGUCAGUUCAAACAGCUAUUGUGUGAGUGCAAGCAAUGGGCCAGGGUACCUGUGCAACUGCUCUCAAGGCUAUGAGGGCAAUCCUUAUCUUCACCAAGGCUGCCAAGAUAUAGACGAGUGCAAGCUGCGUAAGCAGGACCCAAAGUAUAACGAAUUAUAUCCAUGCAAAAAUGGAGUCUGUCGAAAUAAACAAGGAGGUUAUACAUGCAAAUGCAAGAUAGGAACAAGAUCAGAUGGUACAAAUUUUGGAUGCCGACCUGUGCUUAGCCAAGCUGAACAAGUGGUAAUAGGCCUCAGUAUUUCUGCAGUUGUAGUGAUGUCUUUGACAUGCUUAUUGGUUAUGAAAUUACAAAGAAGGAAGCACAGGAAGGAGAAGGAUGAGUAUUUCAAACAAAAUGGAGGUCUGAAAUUAUAUGAUGAGAUGAGAUCGAGGCAAGUUGACACCAUUCAUAUACUUACAGAGAACGAGAUAAAGAAAGCCACAGACAACUAUAGUGAAGAUCGUGUUCUUGGAUGUGGUGGCCACGGAAUGGUUUAUAGAGGAACUUUAGAUGAUAACAGAGAAGUUGCCGUAAAGAAGUCCAAAGUAAAGGAUGAUGACAGCAGAGAAGAAUUUGUGAAUGAGAUAAUAAUCUUAUCACAAAUCAACCAUAGGAACAUUGUAAGGUUACUGGGAUGCUGCUUGGAGGUAGAUGUACCAAUGUUGGUGUAUGAGUUCAUCUCCAAUGGCACCCUCUCUGAGCUCCUUCAUGACAAUGAUCAACGAUCACCAAUCCCCUUGGAUCUUAGACUGAAGAUUGCUACAGAAUCAGCAGAAGCUCUUGCUUACAUUCAUUCAUCAACUUCUCGCACGAUUCUGCAUGGGGAUGUCAAAUCCCUCAAUAUACUCUUGGAUAAUGAAUACAAUGCAAAAGUGUCAGAUUUUGGAGCAUCAGCACUGAAGUCCAUGGACAAAAAUGAUUUCAUUAUGCUUAUCCAAGGAACUCUUGGCUAUCUUGACCCUGAGUCUUUGGUCAGUCACCAUCUAACUGACAAAAGUGAUGUCUACAGCUUCGGGGUUGUUCUUUUAGAGCUAAUGACAAGAAAGAAGGCUAUAUACAUUGAUACUUCCAAUGAAAAGAAAGCACUAUCUCAUACUUUCAUACUGAUGUUCCACCAGAACAAGCUCCGGGAUAUGUUGGAUUGUGAAAUAGUAGAUAAUGAAGUUAUGGUAUUACUUGAGAAGCUAGCUGAACUUGUCAUGCAGUGCCUGAGUCCAAAAGGAGAUGAGAGGCCAACAAUGAAGGAAGUUGCAGAGCGACUACAAAUGUUGAGAAGAGCCCAGAUGCAGCUAGUCACAAAAAGGGCUCCUAUUCUAGCACAUUACUCUUACGGAGGGCCAUCAGUGCCUGUCCCUUCAGACGAGAUGGAAUAUCAGAGCACAGAGACAGCCAAACUGGUGUUGGAUGUAGAUCUCGCAAGAUAAAUACGUUCAAUAUCACUUUUUUAUAUAUAUUGGUUUAUAUUUUGUAAUGUAUAAAAACACCAUUGUAAAUACAGACUAAGUUGUUGUAUGUCUAUGUAAUUUGCACAUCACUCAUCAUUUAUAUACUGCAAAGUUGAAUGUCCAAUCCUUAAUA